GUCGGCUAGUUCCACUGCUAGCGGGGAAGGCGUUGGAGGCCUAUACUGCAAUGGAUGAAGAAAGAGCCCAUCGGUAUGAAGAUCUCAAAACUGCCUUGUUAAUUAAAUUUGACAUUUCACCGGAAACGUAUCGGCAGCGGUUUUGCUCUAAUAUAAUUCCACCUGGUGAGAGCCCCACCGAGACCUAUUAUCGCCUGAAAGGACUUUAUCGACGCUGGCUCCGACCAGAGCAGCACACGAAGGACGAGAUGGGAGAAGCGAUCAUCUUGGAGCAGUUAAUUCGAGUACUGCCAGGGGAGGUGAGGACCUGGGUGAGGGAGCAUGAGCCAGCAGAUGGACUGGCCGCUGCUAAGCUGGUGUCACAGUACUUCAACGCGCGUAAAGGAGCACCACCUGCACGCUCAUCUGGGACGCCACAGCGACCACCACUUCCAUCGUCUGGGUUUUUGAAGAGGGAGAGCAACCCCGAGCCACCCGGGAUCCCCAAGGUAUCUAAUCUACGAGGAGCGGGUAAGGACUUUCUUUGUUAUUAUUGCCAGCAGCCAGGCCAUAAAGCCUCAGUGUGCCCUAUUCGGAAGGCCAAAGUCACGGGGGCCUGCUAUGCACCCCGACUGGAGGCGGAGCCUACAAGGGUCCAGCCAGUGGAUGUGCAACGCUAUAAAAAAGUGAUAGUAAAUGGUCAGCAGGUUACUGCUUUGCUGGACACUG